AUGCAAAGCUGUGCAAAGUCUUGGGGGUUCCUGUUAGCCAAGUCGGUGAAUCCUCGUGCACCUUGCAGGCGCAUAUGUAGUAAAAACCGUAUCUUUGGGAAACUACAGAAUAGAAUCCAGAACGGAAAGUCUUUUGUUACUGUCCGGGGUCUUCAGACGACCGCAGUGUAUGCUUCCAGACAGAUUGAAAGAAUACUGCCGAGACACGAUGAUUUCGCAGAGAGGCAUAUUGGUCCAGGUGAAAGGGAGAAAAGAGAGAUGCUGGAAUUUCUUGGGCUAGAGUCGAUCGCGCAGUUGAUAGAAGAUACAGUUCCAGAAUCCAUUCGUAUUCAGAGAAGUAUGAAAAUGGACGAUCCUCUGUGCGAGAAUGAAGUCUUAGAGCAUCUUCAAAAGAUCGCUUCGAAGAACAAGGUGUGGAGGUCUUAUAUUGGAAUGGGUUACUACAACUGCUCCGUGCCUCCCGUUAUUCAAAGAAAUCUUCUGGAGAAUUCAGGCUGGGUGACUCAGUACACGCCAUAUCAGCCAGAGGUGGCUCAGGGUCGCCUGGAGAGUCUACUCAACUACCAGACCAUGAUCUGUGACAUUACCGGCAUGGCUGUGGCCAACGCCUCCCUGCUUGAUGAAGCUACAGCCGCCGCUGAGGCCAUGCAGCUCUGCCAUAGGCAGAACAAAAGGAGGACGUUCUACAUCGACCCACGCUGCCACCCUCAGACGAUCGCCGUGGUGCAGACCAGAGCUAACUACAUCGGGGUGAAGACGGUGUUAAAGCUGCCUCACGAGAUGGACUUCAGUGGGAAGGACGUGAGCGGUGUGCUGUUCCAGUACCCAGACACCGAUGGCAGGGUGGAGGACUUCAGCGCCCUGGUGGACCGGGCUCACAAGGGAGGGGCUCUGGCCUGCUGUGCCACCGACCUGCUGGCCCUGUGCGUCCUGCGCCCCCCUGGGGAGUUUGGGGUGGACAUAGCCCUGGGCAGCUCCCAGAGGUUUGGGGUCCCCCUCUGCUAUGGCGGUCCCCACGCCGCCUUCUUCUCGGUCAAGGAGAACCUGGUCAGGAUGAUGCCUGGCCGGAUGGUGGGAGUGACCAGGGAUGCAGCUGGUAAGGAGGUGUACCGCCUGGCUCUGCAGACUAGAGAGCAGCACAUCCGCAGGGACAAGGCCACCAGCAACAUCUGCACAGCACAGGCUCUGCUGGCCAACAUGGCCGCCAUGUUUGGGGUGUAUCAUGGACCCCAGGGUUUAAAGCACAUUGCUGAGAGGACUCACCAUGCGACACUGAUCCUGGCUGAGGGUUUGAAGCGGGCAGGACACAGGCUGCACAGUGAGAUGUUCUUCGAUACCCUGAAGGUUGGCUGCAGUGUGGCGUCCAGGGACAUCCUGGAGAGGGCUGUCCAACGCGAGAUCAACCUGCGCCUCUACAGCGAGGGAGUGUUAGGUGUGUCUCUGGAUGAGACGGUUACAGAGAGAGACUUGGACGAUCUGCUCUGGGUUUUUGGAUGCGAAUCAUCUGCGGAGCUGAUUGCGGAGAAGAUGGGUGAAAGGGUGAAAGGCAUUAUGGGUAGUCCUUUUAAGAGGACCAGCAAAUACCUCUCCCACACAGUUUUUAACAGCUAUCACUCUGAGACCAACAUAGUACGCUACAUGAAACGUUUGGAAAACAAGGACAUCUCUCUGGUUCACAGCAUGAUCCCACUAGGUUCAUGCACAAUGAAGCUGAACAGUUCAUCAGAGCUUAUGCCCAUCACCUGGAAGGAGUUUGCAAACCUUCACCCCUUCUGUCCCCUGGACCAGGCGGAGGGAUACCAGCAGCUGUUCCGACAGCUGGAGAAGGACCUCUGUGAGGUGACCGGCUAUGACCGGAUCUCCUUUCAACCCAACAGUGGUGCUCAGGGGGAAUAUGCUGGGCUUGCAGCUAUCAAAGCCUACCUGAACUCUAUUGGAGAGGCCCAUAGAACAGUUUGCCUGAUACCCAAAUCAGCCCACGGCACCAACCCGGCGAGCGCCCAAAUGGCUGGCAUGAAGGUGCAGGUGGUGGAGGUGGACAAGGAUGGCAACAUUGACAUGGCAAAUCUGCAGGCGCUGGUGGACAAACACAAGGCUAACCUGGCAGCCAUGAUGAUCACGUACCCCUCCACCUUUGGUGUGUUUGAGGAGAGCAUUAGUGAUGUGUGCCGUCUCAUCCACCAGAACGGAGGACAGGUCUACCUGGACGGUGCUAAUAUGAACGCACAGGUUGGCCUGUGUCGUCCAGGUGAUUAUGGUUCUGACGUGUCUCACUUGAACCUCCACAAGACCUUCUGUAUCCCCCAUGGAGGAGGAGGACCAGGGAUGGGACCCAUUGGAGUGAAGGAGCACCUGGCCCCGUUCCUGCCCAGCCACCCAGUGGUCAUCAUGUCAGCUGGCAACAUGUCCAGCUCCCUGGGCACCAUCAGUGCUGCCCCCUGGGGCUCUAGUGCCAUUCUUCCCAUCUCCUGGGCGUACAUCAAGAUGAUGGGAGCCAAAGGGCUGGUUCACGCCACCGAAGUCGCCAUCCUAAAUGCAAACUACAUGGCCAAAAGACUGGAGAGUCACUACAAGAUCCUGUACAAGGGCAGGAAAGGUUUUUGUGCUCAUGAGUUCAUUUUGGAUGUGCGGCCGUUCAAGAAGACCGCCAACAUCGAAGCGGUGGAUGUGGCAAAAAGGUUGCAGGAUUAUGGUUUCCACGCCCCCACCAUGUCGUGGCCUGUAGCAGGAACCCUGAUGAUUGAGCCCACGGAGUCGGAGGACAAGGCCGAGAUGGACCGCUUCUGUGACGCCUUGAUGGGAAUCAGACAGGAAAUAGCAGACAUUGAGGAAGGCAGGAUGGAUGCCCGCAUCAACCCGCUGAAGAUGGCCCCUCACUCCCUGGCUAGCAUCACAUCCUCCACCUGGGAUCGGCCCUAUUCCCGGGAGUACGCAGCUUUCCCCCUGCCAUUCGUGAGGCCCGAGACCAAGUUCUGGCCGUCCAUCUCCAGGAUCGACGACAUCUAUGGUGACCAGCACCUAGUGUGCACCUGCCCUCCCAUGGACGUGUACGAGUCGCCUUACGAGGAGAAGAGGGCUUCGUCAUGACACCAAGGCUGACGUUACACCAGCCGUCAGCAAUACUCCUCACAGUUCCAACUUCAGAAAAUCUAAAUUCAUGUUUUUCUGUAUUUUAAUUCUCCACCCUCGGUGCCUGAACUCCAGCCAUAUUCUACGUUGUACAGAUAGUUGCAUUGACUCUCCCUUCAUGCUGUUUCAUUCUCUUAAGUACUGGCCGUGGGCUGAUCUUCAUCCGUGUAGGUGAUUUUGUUAAUAUUUGCUAUGCAUUCCUUGUAUAAAAAGUUUAAAUGUGUAUUUUGACACUUGUUUGCCUAAUCACCUAUAGCAGUCUUUGUUAAGAUGUUAGACAUUUUUAUGAAGAAAAAGUUUUCUAAUCUUUAAAUGGUUUGUUUAAUUAAACUUUUUGUCUGGA